AUGUUGUCCCGGGCUGAUUUGAGUCUUCGCUCAGCAAAUGCACACCAACAAACCACGUUGAUGCUGGCCGCUAUACAUGGUCGUAUCAGUCUGGUUCAUCGUUUGAUCACUAUGCACAAAGCACCAGUCAACCAGCAAGAUGCCGAGGGUAGUACGGCUUUAAUGGCCGCUGCCGAACACAAUCGAUCCAAUGUGGUACGGUUGCUGCUUUCGCAACCAAACGUUGAUGCAAAUCUACGGGACAAUGCAAGUGACUUGGUGUCUGUAGUUUACAGACACGAAUUUUGUUAUUGA